UCAGUUGUGGAGCCAUGGUGGAUCGUAUGUGCUGGAAGUAUUCUAGAAGCAGAUAUUAAGGUAUUAACGGAGGAUGAGCGUCGUGUCGUAGAUACUAUUUUGGACGAAGGCCCGCAGCAAGCAGGCUUCUUGCCCGUGCCUGUGGUCCAGUCGCUGCUCAACAGAGGACUGGUAUAUGUUGAUGUUCCAGUCGAAGAAUUUGACUACGUUUAUGUUGCACCUCUGGAUGGCUUUGUUAUGAAUCGAGUUUUGGGAGACUAUUUCGAAACGCUUUUGUACAAAAUAUUCGUAGCAAUCGAUGAUCAGACAACCGUAAAAGAAAUGGCUGAUAUGCUUCAUAUUGAUUUCUCUCUUGUGGCUAAUGCAAUAUCCGUUUUCUGUCGACUCGGAUUUGCGAAGAAGAGAGUAACAGGAAUGGAGACAGCUCGCCUACACUACAGCUGGGCACAACUUGUUUCGAUACCGAAUUCGCCCACACAAGAUGACCUGGUGACGUCGGUUUCCGGUGAUCUGGGAGAGCUAUCAGCUUCACUGGCUUCACCUCUAGGAGAUGAUGAUGACGAAGAGCAAGCGGCGAACCUCAGCAACUACAGCUUGAAGGAUUCGGUCUCCUCACAGCCUUCUUCGGAAGUGCCAUCAUCCUCCGGUCGAACAGCGUUCCUCUUUGAUUCAACCUUAGCAGCGUUUCUGAUGAUGGGAAAUUUGUCGAGUUCAUUGAAGGGUCAUGCGGUGACUCUGUUCGAGGUGGGAAAGUUGGCUGAUGAACAGAUGCGUGACUUCCUGGAACAUCUAGAAUGUGUGAAUCGUUUUGCUGAAGGAGAAGCACAGAGAUAUUCCGAGCAUGCGAUGGCUUUGCUAGAUAUUUUGCGGAAUCUUCGAAAAGGAAGAGAAGUGGAUAUGUUGAGAGGAGAGAGCUUGCUGAGCCUCGAUCCACAAAGCCGUGUUCGAGUGUUAGCCAAAUCUUACGGCAUCGUAGUUUCCAUGGCGCCGUUGUCCUGCGAUGCAUGUACCGUACCUGCUGUCUCUUUGCCAAGUUUAUUGACCACGCCAUAUCCAAGGCUUGUCGCCUUGGCGUAA